UUUGUAUUAUGAUACUUGCUACAGCUGUUUCUUGCCAUGUAUGUCUUGACUACGCCAUUUUCUUGCCAUUCAAAGGCUACGUGGUGGAGGAAAUGAUGCAGGUUCUCAUGGUGAAGAAAAAGCAGGCCAUUAUGCUUGAGCGUGGUCACGACGUUACGAGCCUGCAAGCCUUGGGGAAACGCCCGGUUGGUCGUCGCCGACACGUUUUCACCCGCCUCGGGCGCGCGCUAUCGGCACUCCAAGCUCACUCUGUCGACAAGUGGGAAACGUUGCAGGGCACAGGAGUCUCGAUUCUGAGGCAGAAAUGUGUGGAAAAGAAAGUAAGGAGCCUCGAGAGAGGGAUUCUGCUUGCGUUAAGAAGACGGCUCACGAGCUUAGAUUCUACGUCUCAGGCAUAGUAGUAGUAUAUGCAGGUAUCUUAUGUGCCCUGACGAGGUGAUCAUACGACCAAGUAGCAGACAGCAGUAAUCCCUGAUGAAGUAACGCACAGGCACAGUUAGGUGACGUCCGGAUAACUUUACUGUAUGUCAUCGUGCUUGACUUGACUGUAGAGACGACUGUUUCCUUAGUUCUACUAGCAUAGCUCAAGGACGAGAUGUACUGCUUAAACCUUGGAUUCACUUAUGAUGUUGAUGUGUAACGAGCUCUUCUGCGAGGCUGUCGCGGAGAAAGGCCGGAAAGCACAGUCAGAGCAGGAGUAACAAAAGUUGGUGACAAACAAUAAUGCUGGGGUUUAGCUAUCAGGUGACUUUUUGGUACGUGCUCCUAAAACCCACACACAGCUUCCUGAACCUACUCAAAAAGACUUGGUUUUGGUUGCACGGUGGUACUCGAUGUUAGCAGUCUUCUCUUUAUGGAGACUUUUGCUAACAUAACGAUGCAUGGCGCUCCAAAGCAUAGAGAGAGGGAGGGUCCAAUGCUCGUAUAAACGUGUUUAUGAGGCUGAGGUCUGAGAGAGACAGAGAGAGAGAGGGACCACAGUCCUAUGGACACACUGUGAGUCGGUCUUCUUCAUGUCACUUCCUCGUUUUCCUCCAUUCUCCCAGCCCAACCCAGAAACCGUCACACCCUCAUCGCAACUCCCAAGCCAUCAUUCCUCUCUCUAGUGGUCUCUCAACAUCACAAGGCAAGUCCCUCGGAACAGAGUUCAUAUUGCGUUUGUAUCUCUUUGCUUCUCCAACGGUCUACUCCUUGGCUUCUUCUACCCAUGGCCUCGUCAUUAUCAUCGUUACUACCAUGUCCUCUGUUCUUUCUCUUCCUUCUCUGCAACACCUCUCUUCUCCUUGUUGUUGGUGGCCUGAACAGCGAAGGCACAGCUCUCAUCUCCUUCAAAGCAGGCAUCAGGGACGACCCCGCUGGCUCCCUGCGAAACUGGAACUCCUCCGACCAGGAUCCCUGCUCCUGGAAUGGGAUCACAUGCAGGGGAGGCUCAGUGGCUGCCUUAAGCCUGCCCAAGAAGAAGCUGGUGGGCUACCUCUCCUCUGCUCUUGCUUCCCUCCGAUCCCUCAGGCACGUCAACCUCAGGAACAACAGGCUCUUCGGCAGCCUCCCCGCCAGCCUCUUCGCCGCCCGGCAGCUUCAAAGCUUAGUCCUUUACGGGAAUUUCUUGUCCGGUUCACUCCCGCCGGAGAUUGGCGGGCUUUUGUACCUCCAAAGCUUGGACCUUUCCGGCAACUUGUUCGCCGGCCCGAUACCCAGCUCUUUGAUCCACUGCAAGCGGUUGAAGGCCCUCGUCCUGAGUCACAACAACUUCACCGGUUCCUUGCCCCUUGGAUUUGGUGGCAGCCUUGCAGAGUUGGAAAAGCUUGAUCUUUCUUACAAUGGAUUCAGUGGCCCGAUUCCGACUGACGUCGGUAAUCUUACUAACCUUCAAGGAACGCUGGGUUUGUCCCACAACAGGUUCUCUGGCUCAAUCCCGCCGAGCCUCGGCAAUCUGCCGGAGACGGUCUACAUCGACCUCACCUAUAAUAAUCUCAGUGGGCCGGUGCCGCAAAAUGGUGCUAUGGAGAACAGAGGACCGACGGCUUUCAUCGGAAAUCCUGGCCUUUGUGGCCCGCCAUUGAAGAACUCGUGUCCUGCCGAAGUGCCAUCGUCAAACCCCUUCCGUCCCAUCAAUUACUCACCUCCGGCACUCGAGGGAAAUAGCACGCACAGCGGAAGCAGCAGCAGCAGACUGAGUAACGCUGCAGUGAUCGCAUUUGUGGCGAGUGAUGUGGUCGGAAUUGGUCUGAUUGCAUUGGUGUUCUUUUAUUUCUACUGCAAGGCAAUUGCUUCAGUUGGGACCAAGGAAGAUGGAGAGACUUCUGAGAAGAGGCCAAAGGGCAGGAAGGAAUGCAUGUGCUUUAGGAAGGAGGACUCUGAGACCUCACCGGACAGUAUCGAGCAUCAUGAGCUAGUGUCACUAGAUAGGAAUGUGCCAUUUGAUCUUGAUGAACUUUUGAAGGCAUCGGCAUUUGUUUUGGGGAAAAGUGGGAUCGGUAUCGUCUACAAGGUUGUGCUGGAUGAUGGACUGACUUUGGCUGUAAGGAGGCUGGGGGAAGGAGGAUCACAAAGGUUCAAAGAGUUCCAAACCGAGGUGGAAGCGAUUGGAAAGGUCCGACAUCCUAAUAUUGUUACUCUAAGAGCUUAUUACUGGUCGAUCAACGAAAAAUUGCUCAUCUAUGAUUACAUUCCUAAUGGCAACCUUUCUGCCGUGAUUCAUGGGAAAACUGGAACAAGGAAUUCUACACCACUAUCAUGGGAAGUACGCUUGAAGAUCAUGAAAGGAAUAGCAAAGGGUUUGGCUUUCCUGCAUGAAAUUAGUCCAAAGAAAUAUGUUCAUGGAGAUCUCAAACCGAACAAUGUACUACUCGGACCGGAUAUGGAACCUUACAUAUCAAAUUUUGGGGUUGGACAUCUGGCUAACAUAGCAAGAGGAUCUCCAUUUCUGCAAUCAGACAGAAUAGCUGUUGAGAAAAUUCAAGGCCAACACUCAGAUGUUGCAUUCGGUCCCAUCAUGAGUAAAGGAUCAGGUUAUCAGGCUCCUGAGGCGUCGAUGAUGCUGAAACCAUCUCAGAAGUGGGAUGUUUACUCGUUCGGAGUAAUCCUAUUAGAACUUAUUUCCAGCAGGUCUCCACUUGUUCUUCUGGAGACGGUGGAAAUGGAUUUGGUUAGUUGGUUUCAUCUAUGUAUCGAAGAGAAGAAACCCCUCUCAGAUGUGUUGGACCCUUUUCUAGCUCAGGAAUUGGAUACAGAAGAUGAGAUUAUCGCGGUGCUGAAAAUUGCUCUGGUUUGUGUUCAAGCUAAUCCCGAAAAGAGGCCAUCAAUGAGGCAUGUCACUGAUACUCUCGAAAGAUUGAUCAACAGAAACUAGUGGUGCGCGCAAGGACCAUGAAAACUGCAGUCUGAAUCCAAGAAGUGAUCGCUUUCUCCAUUUCUUGCAUUGUUGAUCAUUCUCUGAGUUUUCUGCAAAGAUGCUGUGUUUCCAAGUGCCAAUCUGUUAAAUCAUUGGAGUGUGCCACCAUGAAAGAAGAAUGUUAACCAAGCCAGGUGAGGGCUUUGCUGUUCAUUAGCUCAAAUCUGAGGCAUAUCUUCCUUAGAUUAUCUUGCCAUGUUUUUAGUGUGCCUUAAUUGAUCAAUAAUGCUUGUAACCAUUAUUAUUCCAGGUCUUUAUUUUAUUUGGAUCUUGCUAAAUUUCAUUAUCAUGGCAUUUUACUGAAGUUGUGCUACUUCGCAAUAAUAUAGGACAUGUUUCAAUGGAUGUAGAAUAGGGAGUCAUUGCUUCUUCUAUGAUGAUAAACAAUGUUGAUAUAGCAGACCAUAUUCUUUCUGAUUCUUGAAUGGCGGCCUUGCCUUUCUGUCAACCAUUAACUUUUUAGUAUUGGCUCACCAUCUUGAAUGGUGGACUUGCCGUUCUGUCGAUCUC